AGAAGUCUUACAAAAUGGACGAGGAGUCCUCUCUGGAACGGUACUUAGACCAAUGUGAAGCUCAGGAUGUCCUUGACUCUUCUCCUCAAAUGUACACGCCAAUGACUCCCUAUGAUGACCUGAAUAUUCAACCAAUUUCAGGAACAUCCUAUAGAUCUGAUCAGGACCAGUCCAAAGAUCUUUCUGCAGAUUUGGACCUGAGCUUUCUGCCUGAUGACCUAAAUCCUGAGCAUGAAGAAAAGAACAACCUCACAGAAUUACAGGAUAGUGGGAUUUGCUUGGAUUCUUCUGGCCUCUCGCAUCCGUACACCCCCUGUGAAAGCCGAGAUGCUUCCAGCCUUCGCCCCUUGCCCAUCACUCCCAUGACACCCAUGACUCCAAUGACUCCUGUAGCAGAGUCCUCUGGGAUUAUUCCUCAGUUACAGAAUAUUGUGUCCACAGUGAAUUUAGCUUGCAGGCUAGACUUAAAGAAAAUCGCCUUGCAUGCCAGAAAUGCAGAAUACAACCCAAAGAGAUUUGCAGCAGUUAUAAUGAGGAUUCGGGAGCCACGAACAACAGCACUUAUAUUCAGCUCUGGGAAAAUGGUCUGCACGGGGGCAAAGAGUGAAGAGCAGUCCCGACUGGCAGCAAGAAAGUACGCUCGAGUUGUACAGAAGCUGGGAUUCCCUGCCAAAUUUCUUGACUUUAAAAUCCAGAACAUGGUUGGAAGCUGUGAUGUUACGUUCCCCAUACGUCUAGAAGGACUAGUUCUUACCCACCAACAGUUCAGCAGUUAUGAACCCGAAUUGUUUCCAGGCCUCAUAUACAGGAUGGUGAAACCAAGGAUUGUACUGCUCAUUUUUGUGUCUGGGAAGGUGGUAUUAACUGGUGCGAAAGAGCGUUCUGAAAUCUAUGAAGCAUUUGAAAAUAUAUAUCCGAUCCUGAGAAGUUUUAAGAAAACUUAAGUGCCUCGUUCCAAGGCAACUAAUCUUUUUGUAUGUUAUUUAUGUAUAUAGUUAAUUAAAAAAGUGUGCUUUGUAAU